AUGUUCAUCUACGUUGAUACAACCUGUCUCGUAAAGCAAAUUACUGAGACAACUGCUCAUGACUAUAUAAUUGUCCAGUGUCACGCAUCGGCAUAUAACUUUGUACGCACCCACAUAAAAUUAUUAAUCAAACUUUUUAUUCCACUCAACUCGGUACAAACGCCCGUGUAUAAGCCAAAUAAAGACGAUGUGAUAAAGGUCUUCGGUUCAAUUACUAACAUUAAAGACGAUAUAUGUGAAAUAUCGGCCUACAGGUGUCAAAACACAUGUUACGAUGCCAAAUCUCUCCCACAAAACUCCACACAUAUAAUAUGCAUGGGCAUCUUAAACGAUCAACCACAAUUACAGGAAAGCUAUUGGAACUUUAAUUUAUCUUGUAAACAAUUUGUAGGAAAGAAUACGAGCGGUAUUAAGUGCUACGAAUGCGAUAUACUGUGUUCGCGUCAUGAGAGCAUCUCAAGGCUUACGGGUAGAAGCGCAUCAGCGAAAAAGGGGUCAAGAUUGAUAAUCACAGGAGAAAUAGAAGUCAGUGAAAAUCAAUUAUACUGUGACCUACAUCACUUCGAAUUCGCAUCUCAAGCAGGGCAAGGACUAAAAAGAGAUACAACAAUAUGGGUCCAAAAUGAAGAAGAUAAUGACGAUCUCAGUUCACCCUCACGUAGAUACAAAAAGCCGAAACAGAAAUCUACUGAAAAAGAAUUCGAAAAAUCUAUUACUCGCCCUGCUACCCCUUCACCCUCUCAUAUCGAAUCCGCAUCACCAUCACCUCCAGCUACUGUUGUUUCCGAUGCCUCCUCUUCUGCACCAUUACCCAACGAAAAAAAAACACCCUCAAGAAGACAAUCAUUGCGGCGUCGCGCUUAA